ACUCAUUUCGUUGCUUCGGUCUCCUCUCUCUCUCUCUCUCUCAGUGACACUCACUCUCUCUGUCUCUCUCUUACUGUACUACCUUACUUCCUUGCUACGACACCUUCUUUAAAUACUCACUAUCAUUCCACAAAACGCGUUUUUCUCUUCUGUCCUUCAUUUGCACCCUUCUUCCAUUGCAAUGGCUAGAAGCUGGAUUAUUGACUUUGGAUCAUUUGCAAAGAAAGUGAAAAACACUAAUCUGUCAACAGUUGAUCAAAUCAAGGACUGUGGAGCAUAUCUUGAUUGUCCAAAAUGUCAUUAUCGGAUCGACAACAGUGAUGUUUUUCCGGAGUGGCCUGGCUUUCCUGCUGGUGUAAAGUUUGAUCCUUCUGAUGUUGAACUUUUAGAACAUUUAGCAGCAAAGCAUUGUAUUGGAGACAGAGUGGCACACAUGUUCAUCCAUGAGUUUAUCCCAACUCUAGAAGGAGAUCAAGGUAUUUGCUACACACAUCCAGAAAAUCUUCCAGGUGCCAGGAAAGAUGGGAGCAGUGUCCAUUUCUUUAACAGAACAGUUAACGCAUACGCUACUGGACAAAGAAAGCGUAGAAAGAUCCAUCAUCAACAUGGUUUGACUCAUGAGGAGCAUGUGCGCUGGCACAAGACAGGUAAGACCAAACCUGUGAUAGAAGAUGGAGUGCAUAAGGGAUUCAAGAAGAUCAUGGUUCUUUAUGUCAGCUCUCAGAAAAGGUCCAAGCCAUAUAAAUCCAAUUGGGUGAUGCAUCAGUACCAUCUAGGAAGUGAAGAGGAAGAGAAGGAUGGUGAAUAUGUGGUUUCAAAAGUUUUUUAUCAACCGAACAAGCAUACUGAGAAAAAUGAGGAGAAUCCAGUGGCUGAAGGUUCUGACAUGGCGUCACGAACCGAUCCAAGAACCCCAAAUCCAAAUCCUCCAAGUCGACCUCAUACUGAUAUAUAUGUUGAUUGUGAUGACAAUUUUGAUGACAGUGAACUUCCAUUACUCAUCCAGGAUGAUGAGUGUGUACCUCAAGAAUCACAUGCCCCACCAUCUGAUGUAAAGAAUGAGGACAAUAUGGGUGACUCUGCAUGGUUAGCUGGUGAAUCACAGGAUGUAAGUUACUUUGAUGACUUGGAUGACAUCGUACUAUGCCAGGAGAUGUUAGAUUCUUCUGGUCUCUUCAAUGAUUCUGUAUUGAACUCCUCCACUUUUAACGGUUUCACUGGUCAUGCAAAUGAGGGCCAACUUGGAAUUUCUAUCCAGGACACCUUGGAAUUGGAUACUCUUCUAGAUUUUGACUUUUCUGUAAGCACCAACUUACCCUUUUAGAGCAAGUUCUAUUUGAGACUGAUGCUCAUAUUAUCACCAUUUGGUGGAGUAGUAGUAUCUGUAUAAGAGUAUUUUAUGUCAGAGGUCAAGUCUCUAUUUGAUGUCUCUGAUGGAGUGAAAAUCCAACAGCUUAAUGUAUAAAAUUAACAAUUGAAUCA